GAUUAUGACCAGUUGGUUAAAAUGUGGAUAAUACGACAAAUUUAAAUAGUAUUUACUGAAUUGAAAUGUCUAUGCUAUUUAUUUUUAUGCAAUGAAAUGUCUAUGUUAUGAAAGUGUUGCAAUACAAAUUGUGGCUAGGUAAGGUAGAUAGAGAUGACAUCCAUAGUUGUCAACCUUGUAAUUACGCGUGAGGUUGAAAUUUGACUAUAAAAACCAAAGUCCCAUGACCAAUUCUAGUCUCCGACACUCUCCAUCUAUAGAAUCCAAGUCUUGUGUUCCCACUUCUUCUUCAACUACUUUUUCAUUCUCAUUUCUUCACCUUAACUUCUCUUUCCCUGUUCCUCACCAAUUCCUUAAACACCUUCCUUCCAAAGUCAAACAAAAUUCACUAAUGAGUUGAAAUAUGGGAUUUCUCCGGCGACUCUUUGGCGCCAAAAAACCGGCUCCUCCCUCUAAUGGGUCGGGUACCAAGCCUAACAAAGACACUAAUAAGAAAAAAUGGAGCUUUGCCAAACAAAGUGGCAGAAGAAGGUCACUCCCGCCACCUCCGCCGCCGCAACCAACUGAUUUCAUCCAAUUUGACUCCUCAACUUCCUUAGAACGCAACAAACAUGCAAUUGCUGUUGCUGCAGCUACAGCAGCAGUAGCCGAGGCUGCUCUAACCGCUGCUCGUGCUGCUGCUGAGGUGGUUAGACUGACAAGCAACGGUGUCGGUGGAAGUAGUGCCGUAAGCAGACCCAGAGUGCGUGUUGACCAUCCACGGUUGCCGGUGGAGACCGCCGCUGUUAAAAUACAGUCAGCUUUCCGCGGUUAUUUGGCUAGGAGGGCGUUGAGAGCACUUAAAUCAUUGGUAAAGUUGCAAGCAUUAGUUAGAGGGCACAUAGUGAGAAAACAAAGUGCAGAUAUGCUUAGGCGUAUGCAAACAUUAGUGAGACUGCAGACACAGGCACGUGCAAGUCGUGCCCACUUAUCAACAUCAGAUAAUUUGCAUUCUUUUAAGUCUUCACUUUCUCAUUACCCUGUCCCUGAAGAAUAUGAGCAUUCACAUCCUGUCUACACUACAAAAUUCGGUGGAUCUUCCAUGCUCAAGAGAUGCAGUUCCAAUGCAAAUGUUAGGAAGAUUGAGUCAGAAAAACCACGUUAUGGUCCCAAUUGGUUAGACCAUUGGAUGCAAGAUAACUCAUGUAACAAAAUAAAAAACACUUCAUCAAAGAAUCGACAAGCCGAUAAUAAAAAAUGCGACAAGAUUCUCGAAGUAGAUACUUGGAAGCCACAUGAUUCACCAUCAAAAUAUUCAACAAAACCUCAAAAUCAAAGUCUCCCGCGUACCGCUGAUAAUAGUCCACAAACAUUUUCUGCUUCUUCAAAAACUGGAAAUGGUGUAAGGAGAGCUACACCCUUUACACCUACAAGGAGUGAGUGUUCAUGGAGUUUCUUAGGUGGAUACUCUGGUUACCCUAACUACAUGGCAAAUACUGAAUCUUCUAAAGCUAAGGUUAGAUCACAAAGUGCACCAAGACAAAGGGUUGAGUUUGAGAGAUGCAGUUCAACUAGAAAACCUUUUAAGGGAUUUUGGGAUGUGGGGCCUACUAAUUCAGACCAAGAUUCUGAAUAUGAAUAUUCAAGGAGUCACAAAGUCUCACCUGCUUUGAGUCGUUUUAAUAGAAUUGGAAGUAGUAAUAAUUUAAGGUGACACAUUUUGCCUUAUGCUUAUGUGUAUUAUCAAGAUAUUUGAAUUACCUCAUUUUACCACAAAAAAGAAAAAGAAGAUAUGUUUUCUUUUGCUUGUUUUUUCUUGUGUGGCAGCUUUUAAAAAUGUAAUUAUGUUUUUUUUUUUUUUACUUUGUUGACUUUAUAACUGUGUUGAUUUGUAAAUCAUGACUUGGUUUGACUAUUUUGCUUAGUGGAAUGUGCAUGGUUGGUUUGAAUUGUUACUAACAAACAAGAAACUAGCCCCUUCAUAGUUCAUACUUACCCUAAAAGGAGUUUUUCUCCAAAGUGAACAGAAGAGUUACAGUACUUAGUGUCAAUAUGAAUAAAAUUAUUGCUUUUUCACUUU